CUUCCAUCUAACAAUAAAACGUGUGCGGACUGCGGUGUGGACACACUGGAGGACAUAUAUAUUUACUGUCAACCUUUUCUGUGGAUUAUAUACUCCGUCCUAGAAAUUUUCGGACACAGUGAAUAUUUUGUAGUCACAUGUAACGGUGUACGAAGAUGUCGAAAAAUUCAGAUAGCGACAUUGUUGAGAUGAAAUCGAUGGCUGUAGCUAUACCGCCAGAUUCCCCAAAGAAACCUGUGAAAUCAACCGCAGUAGUGAAAUAUUCUGCUGUUCAAACACCAGUGACGUACGCUCAAUUACAAUGCAACACUGACUUGAAUCAUCCGCCCAGUAACUGGCUCAGUAGCUCGGCGGAGAGUUACGGUCUGCAAAAUGUUUGGUCUCAGAGCACAGGAUUCUCCAGCUUUCGCAUGGCCCACAUGUUUCCCGAUUGCGUCGGUGAAGUGGACGUGGUGUCAGAUGCCGAGAAUAUAAAGAAGUUACUCAAGCUGCCUUACAAUAACGGCGUGAUUUCGAUGAUGGUGCAUCGCAUCGAAAACACAUUGUUGCUGGACGACUUUGACAUACACAAAUAUCUGCUGAGGCAAGCCGAGAGCGAUUGGGAAUGGCUGAAAAAGUUCUUCUACGAGAACAUCUUUGAAAGUCUCGGCGACAAGGAGAAGCGUCUUUCUCAUAAGGCGUACAGUAGAAAUAGUUUGCAGAAGAGGAACCUGGUGUCGAAAUUUUUGUAUCGUUCUAUAGUGCUGGCGGAUAAAAACAAGCAGAGCGAGAAACCUCAGUUACCUGUGAAACCGUUGGAGCCGUGUUUACCUGAGCCGACGCAAGAGGAGAAAGUACCUGAUCCGAAUUACAAUCAUAAUUUCGCGAGGAAUGUCGUAUGGACAUUUGAGAAUAUACAGAUGCUCGUUGGAACGGACAUGCCGAUAUUCGGCGGUCAGACACAUCCGUGCAUAAGUCUGCGACUGAGAGAUAUGACAGAGCCUAUCAAUGUCCUAACAGGAAUAGACUACUGGUUAGACAAUUUAAUGUGCAACGUACCGGAAGUAGUGAUGUGUUACCAUUUAAGUGGCAUUGUACAGAAAUAUGAACUGAUAAAGACGGAAGAUCUUCCAAAUUUGGAUAAUUCGAAAUUUAGUCCUAAAGUAGUUCGAGAUGUUGCUCAGAACAUCUUAAGUUUCUUAAAGAAUAACGUGACAAAGGCUGGUCACACCUAUUGGUUAUUUAAGGGUAAGGACGACGAUGUUGUGAAACUAUAUGAUUUGACAUCAUUGUGCAACGAUGUUUCGGAGGAGAAGGGACAAAAUCCCUUUACAGUGCCCGUUGCAAUGUUGUUAUACAGAGUAGCUCGCAACAUGAAAUAUUCCUCCGAUUGCCAUCGUUAUCAGGGUACGAUCAGGAUGCUGCUGAAAAAUUGCGUUCAAUUGCUGGCCAAAGAGAAAUAUCCGCAAAUUGUUACAUCCGCGCAUUUUAUGCUUUCGGACUUGUAUAUACCGUCGGAUACAGAUCCAGCCAGUCCAGGAUUAAGGGAUCAAAGCGACGAGGAGGAUGUUAACAGUGAAUGUGAUACGGGUCAAGAAAACGAAAAAGAGGAGGAAGAGGAAGAAACUUGCGCAAUUAAGUCUUUGACUUUAGCCAACAUGAAAGAGCAAACGGAACGUGAGCAGCCAAAGUACAAGGCACCUCCAAUGUCCGGUACUUUAGAAGAGAGAUGCCUGUCUGGAUUAGAACACGUUAUGCACGGGCUCGAUUGUCUUCAGUAUUUUCCGACCGACGACAGCAACGACGAGGAGCAGAAGAAAGCGGAAGAAGAAUAUGAGAAAGAGAAGAGGAAAUACGAGGAGAUGCAUCCUAAUGUAGCGAAACCCUUCCAAGCGAUUCCCAUGCCUUACGCUCCAUUAAAUCAACAAGAGAAGAAUGCCACGUCCGAAGAAAAAACUUCGGAGAACCACAGUCCCGCGCAUAAAAAGAAAAACAAACAGAGGAAGAAGAAAAGCGAAAAGAGCAUUACGAAGGAAGUAGCGAACGUGAACGCUUUGUUGUGUAAACCGAAGACGGAAACGCUGCCGACGUGGCAAGCGCCGAAAAAGAGCGACAACAUUUGUUGGAGCGCUCAUUUGAAAACAUUAUUAUACGAGAAAGCGUCCUUGAUAUUCGCUGUGCUCGCCGAGAACGAAUACGUGAAUAAAAAUUACGGCGUCUCCUUGAGAUACAUGCUGGAGGUAUUGUAUUGCCAAAAAAUAUUGGAAAUCUUCUGCGGCGUGAGAAACGAUAAAUCGAUUAGUUAUUUAUUGGGUCGCGCGGGAGACUGUUGCUUUAUGACGGUGCAAGACUGGUGCAACGUGGAGAAACAUAGGAAAGAUUACAACACGAAGAACGAAAUGGAGGAGAAAGUAGUUGAAGAACUAUUCAGUAUGGAGGAUCUGGAUAUGAAUGGUGCUGAAUUAUUGCCGAAGGGAUUAGACAGUUUAGAAUCUACAUUGGUUUCGUCGUAUAAAUGUUAUGAAAAAGCUCUGUCGUUGGAGUCGAUGGACGUGGACAAGAAUAACUUGUUGAGGCGAUUAGGGAAUAUUCACAACGAGUUGGGUGUUCUUUACAUGAAUCAAGCGGGCUCUCGAUAUCAGCAAGAAAACGAAACGGACGAGUUAAUAAAUUUACCGGAUGUAACUACGCUUUUAACGUGUUCGUUGACUCACUUGGAAUCUGGCGUUAAAGCUUUCGAGACUGUUCACGAUGAGGCGAAUUUAGCACUUUUGCACUCCAAUACCGGUCGACUUAUGCGGCUCUGCGCACACAUGCACGGCAAACAAAAUACGCAGGAGCGUCAUUUUUACAACAAGGCGCUUGUGAGCUAUCAGAAGGCUCUGCAGGUUUUGGGCGAUAGGAAAACGAAUGCGGCAAUAUGGGACACGGUCAUGUGGGACUUCUCGACAACGUUAUACACGAAAGCCUCACUAUUGCAGGAUUAUCCUACGACGGAAUAUAAAAGUGAGGAAGAAUUGGAGAGAGAAGUGGUAGACACUCUGCAGAAGGCACUGAAAUAUUGCGAUAUAGAUACGCCGGGACCGCGUCAGCCGGUUUAUCAAUUCCGCGCUGCGACCAUUCAGCAUCGAUUGGCUUCGUUAUACCAUCGCGUGUACAGAGAAAUCGAGUCGGAUACGGAUAGCGGCAAGAAAAAGACGAGUUUGCAGCUGUGCAAACUGUAUUAUGAUAAAGCGGCGAAGCUGUUGCUCUCGUUAGAGCAGAGCACGGAAUAUUUGACGGUUCAAAUGGAAAGGGUCGCCCUGGCGGAAUACCAAGCGCGUAACGGUACUACUUUCAAUAGUAAGCUAAAAGCGUAUCAAAAUGGCCUGGAAAUAAUAUUACAAUGUAUAACUAUUAUGGAAAUACUAUGCGAACGAGGUAAUGCAACGAGACAGAAGGCAAUCGAUAAUAAAACAGAGGAUGAUAAUGCUGAAUGUGAGAAAGUGGCCGAAGAACAAAAGUUAAUGGAUGACGAAGAAAACCUCAUAGUUCUGUUGGAACAGAGAUUACAGUUUCUUCUACGAUCGUUAACCAAGCUGUUUCUGAGCAAAAGUCCCGUGCACAAUAAGAAAGAGCAUGAGACACUCGCAAAUCUGUACAAGCAGUGCUACAUUCGAACGUUACGACCAGACACAAUGUCUGGAUUUACUUUAGUAAAGCGUAUGACGCAAAUUCUACAAGAACUCGAUCAUAUGUUAAAGCAAACGGAAUCUUGAUUAAAGUAUAAAUAAUCCCAUGUACAGUUAGCGAUUUAACGGGGGAAACCUGGCAUAAAUCGUUAAAAAAAGAAAAGGUAAUUUUACGGAAUUUUUUGAAGAAACAAUUCAAUUUUUUAAAUUUUCCUUAUU